CUAUCUUGUCUCUGCCACUCUGGCCUCUUCAACUUCAGCUCUGAAAUGAAAAUGAAUGAAGUCGUAAUGUUUGUGUAAAUGAUAGUGAAACAAAGGAAAUUAAACAAAUAAAUGUGGCUCGGUAAAGGCUCGUUGUUUAGCUACACUCAUGAGUACGGAAGAGACUCUAUUGAAUCUCGACUUCGACAAGCCGAACAAUUUAAUUGCGCCGUCCGAUGACGGUGUGGUAUCGCUCUCGAGCAGUGCUGAGGAUAUCUGUUUAGUGCCAGAGAUCGGUUUCGAAGGCACGGUGGAUUCAUCAGGCGUCAACAGGGAGUCGCAGCCGCUCCUGGGCGGCCGCGGCGACUUCGAAGUCUCUUACAACCAUUUCCCAGAUGACCCGCAGUUCAGCGAGCUGGUGUGGCAGGCGGAGCUCGCCAUAGACAAUGGCAUCUACCCAGAGAGGAUAUACCAGGGCUCCAGCGGCUCUUACUUUGUCAAGAACCCCGGAAAUAAAAUAAUAGGCGUAUUCAAGCCCAAAGACGAGGAGCCUUACGGCCGGCUGAACCCGAAAUGGACCAAGUGGAUGCACAAGCUCUGCUGCCCUUGCUGCUUCGGGCGCUCGUGCCUCAUCCCCAACCAGGGGUACCUGUCGGAGGCCGGCGCCAGCCUCGUCGAUGCCAAGAUCGGCCUCAACAUCGUGCCCAAGACCCGGGUGGUGAAGCUAGUGUCGGAGUCGUUUAACUACCUCCGCAUAGACCGCGAGCGCGCGCGGCUGAAGCGAGCCAUCACCGAGCAGUUCCCCAACAUGCGGUUCAACAGGAUGGGCCUGCCGCCUAAAAGUGGUUCGUUCCAGCUGUUCGUGGAGGGCUACAAGGACGCGGACUACUGGCUGCGGCGCUUCGAGCAGGACCCGCCGCCCGCGCAUGUCAUGAGGAAAUUCCAACUGCAGUUCGAGCGGCUAGUCGUGCUUGACUACAUGAUCCGGAACACGGACCGCGGCAACGACAACUGGCUCAUCAAGUACGAGCCGCCCUCCGCGCAGACCAACAUCGAGCUGCGCGACCCACAGGACUGGUCCUCAAACCCCCAAGAGGUCCGUAUAGCCGCCAUAGACAACGGGCUGGCGUUCCCGUUCAAGCAUCCGGACUCGUGGCGCGCCUACCCGUACCACUGGGCUUGGCUGCCUCAAGCCAAGCUGCCCUUCUCGCAGGAGACCAAGGACUUGGUGCUUCCACUAUUAUCUGAUAUGAAUUUUGUACAAGAAUUAUGCGAUGAACUGCAUUUAUUAUUCAAGCAAGACAAAGGCUUCGAUUCAGGCCUCUUCGAGCGGCAGAUGUCGGUGACUCGAGGGCAGGUGCUGAACCUCACGCAGGCGCUCAAGGACAACAAGAGCCCCGUGCAGCUCGUGCAGAUGCCCGCCGUCAUUGUGGAGAGGUCCAAGAGUGGGUCCACGUCGUCCCGGUUCUUCGACUCGUUCCAGCAGCGGUUCCAGCACAAGUCGCCCUUCUUCUCGUGGUGGUGAAUGAACGGUCAUAAUAAUGGAGAUAGUUCCACUCGUCGAGGACACCCUGUAGCAAAUAUAAAUAUAAUUGGUAUAUAAUGUAAUGUUGUAUAUGUUUGUAACUAUGUAGAUUAGAACAUUACUCAACCAAAGUUGGAUAAUAUGACAUAGAACCUAGAGAGUAUAAUUCGCAAGUCUCAUUAAUUUAUCGCCUGUAUAUCUGUAUAGCAUAAUAACUUAGCUAUUACUAAACCAAUAAAGAAACAAGACUAAAAUGGCGGAAUGAAUUUACUCCCUAUUCCAUCGUAAGCCCUUUCUAGCAAUCGGUUGCUGACGAUACAAAGUGUCACAUAGUAGCUGCCAUUUUAGCAUUGUAUCUUUUUUGGUGCGCGUUUUCUAUAGGUGUAAAAAAAUUAUUGAGGUUUACAUUUACAAGUCUUUAAAUAUGAGGGUUAAGGCCAUAUUAUCCAACUUAUUCAGUGAGUAACUCUGUCUACUAUACUGGUCCACAACGGACCAACCUAGUCGAAGAUCGCUAUUCCGAGAUCGCCACAAUAAAUAACUAUUUCAUGUAAAACCCACUGACGGCACGUUUUUGCUACAAUUAAAACGCGGGGUUAAAAAAAACAACGUUGGCAGGUUUUAUUUUUUACCCAUGGUUAAGAUAUACAUGCCGUCAGCACGGUUGAGCUUCUUUUGAUAUUCUUUUUCUCAAAUUGAUACCUGUAGCAUAGCUAGACGGAAAUUUGGAAAAUGAAAAGAAAAUUUCAGUUGCUCCAUAAAUCUAAAAUAGAAGUUUCAGUUGCUUUAUUGACUCACAGUGGGCGAUACUUAAAUAACUAUUAUUUUCUAUGAUAUUCCAAAUUUCCAAAACACUAUUGUAGCUAAAGUUUAAAAUAUCAACAUGUGAUACAAUCAUAAUUCCAUUUUAAUAUUUAACUUUAUAAAUAAAGUUAUAUACUUUUAACAUAAAUGUAGAUAAAAAUCCGAUAUAAACUACUUGUAAAAUAUUGUUUGGCCUCCUAUAUAUAUUUUUUAAUUAUAUUAAUAGUACAAAACUAGUUAUUCCAAACUUUUUUAUUAAUUAAAAAAACAUAAAUCAGAUAGGUAUUAUACUAAUGUAACAGGCAUACAAUUGACCAUACUUACUAAAAUAUGGCUAAGGCUGUGGUGAAUGAAGUUAAAGUUUCGACAAAUAAUUUAUUGUUUUAAAUCUCAAAUCGCAUGGUUCUGGUAUAAUUACAUUUAUGUUGCCAAAAUUAAUACCAUCUUGUAUAGGUAUUAAAUAAAAAUCACUUAACACUCUCAUGACUAUGGCAACUUCAGCGUAAUUAAGGUUAAACAGUGAUUAAAAAAUACUAAUCCUUCGUUAACAUUGAUAAGUUGCCAAAUGAAUUUCGUGGUAAAUAAGUGUCUAAAAGCCUACUUUAGUGAAAUGACAAACAUUAACUUAUUGUGUUUAGUAUAAAUUGCGAGAUUUAGUUACGACAAAUUGUUUUUUACAGAUUUGUUUGUACAGAUCACUUUUAUAGAUAGAUCUAGUACAGCACAUACUUUAAUCCGAAAUCAAAGAUUUCAUUACAUAAGAA